CACCUUAUCCGUAGCACUAUGCGUUUCUGAGUGAGAGAAGCCGACUCUUGUUUACAGCAGAGAUUCCACGGAGGAGCGGAGACCCACAGCCUGCGUUAACCGAGGGCGAACCGAAGGACUUCAGCCUCUGGAUUAAACACGCACCGGGAGUUUUUUUUCUUCUUCUUCUCUCUCUUAUUGUCUCUCUUUUUUUUAAAGGAUCAAAUGCAAAACAAUAACUCGUAAAAAAAAAAAAGGGCAACUCCUUGGACAUAAUUCUCCCUCCCACCCUAGCCGAGGUCGUCUAGUUGGAGAGACCCAUUCUCUUGCGUGGCACAAGUCUGGUGUUUUCUUUCAGCUGCAAAUCCCGAUUGACGGCACAGAUAAGUCCGACCCGAGGAGCUGGAAACUAUUUUGUUUUUUUAAAUAAGAAGAAAAAGGCGACUUCUCACUGAGGGCUAGGGGGGAUCUCGAUCCUGUACUGGCUCAAUGGCAUAAGCAAAAAAAGGGGGUUUUCAUUCAUUUUUCAGCCUCCCAGCCACCACCCCUGUGGAUCUGGACGUGUUUUCUAACCCCACUCCUCCCCUCAUCCACAGUCAUUCACACGAGGGGAUUCUUACGAGCGACACUGGCGUUAAUUUAUUAUUAUGGUGGUGGUGUAGGCUACUAAUAAUAACAUUUAAGUCUGAUAUUUUGAUUGUUAUUACUAGGCCUGAUCGCAUACUGUGUGCGCGCACUGCUGUUUUCAAGAGAUGGAGACUGAAGAUGGGGAUUACCAUCAUUUAUCCAGUAAAAUCACUGGCUUGUGUGCCAUACCAGCCGACGUCAAAGUAUCCUGUGAUUGGCAAAAAUAGCAGACUGUUUUAGUAUUAUUAUUUUCCUUUUAAAAGGAAUUCCCUGAUUUAACAUUUUCUCCACGUUUAUUUAUAUAUAUAUAUAUAUUUUUAGAGCAAAUCGUGGCAGACAAGCACACCACGCAUUUGCAGGCUACCACAGAGUAGCCUUUUGGGCUACAGACACAUUUAUUUCCCCUUUUUUUCAUAUUAAGGUUUUUUUUUAUGUUGUUGUUUUUUUAAAAAGGAGCUGAGGUGUAGGAUUUUUUAAUUUUUUUUUUUAUCCCGGCCUUGUUUUUGUUUUUUUGUUUUUGAGAGUGAAUAAUGUUAAGGAACAUGAGAUCUGACACACCGAUGGGUAGCCCGACCUUGUUUUGGGGUCUGAUGCUGUAUCUCUUCACUACCUGCAUCUGGUCCACAUAUGGAGAGAUCUGUGGUCCAAGUAUCGACAUUCGAAAUGACAUUGAUGAGUUCAAGCGGCUGGAAAACUGUACGGUGGUGGAGGGCUACCUCCAGAUCCUCCUCAUCAACGACAAGACAAUCAACACGCACCAGGAGCGCUUUCGCUCCCUCAGCUUCCCAAAGCUGACCGUCAUCACCGACUACCUGCUGCUGUUUCGAGUUUCGGGCCUGGACAGCCUCAGCAUGCUUUUCCCAAACCUGAGUGUCAUCCGCGGGCGCAAUCUCUUCUUCGGCUUCUCCCUGGUGAUCUACGAGAUGACCAGCCUAAAGGACAUUGGCCUGUACAACCUGAGGAACAUCACCCGGGGAGCCAUGCGGAUUGAAAAGAACCCUGAGCUCUGCUACUUGGACUCAGUGGACUGGUCUCUUAUUAUUAUGGAUAUUCCGGGAAGCUUUAUGAGUGGGAAUAAGAAGGCAAAGGAGUGUGACAAUGUCUGCCCGGGCAUCAUGGAGGAAAACCCUCUUUGUCAGAGGACAUCGUUCAAUGACAACUCUGACUACCGCUGUUGGACCUCCAACCAGUGCCAGAAAGUAUGCCCAGAACACUGCAAGCUUGCCUGUACAGACGAAGGGGUGUGUUGCCACAGCCAGUGCCUUGGCAGCUGCACUGAACCCAACAACGACAUGGCCUGCUCCGCCUGCGUCCAUUACCAACACGAGGGUCGCUGUGUGCCAGACUGUCCCCCAGGCACUUAUAAGUUUGAGGGCUGGCGUUGCAUCACUAUGGAACUGUGCUCUCAAGUUCACCUGCCCGGGGACACUCACUUUGUCAUCCACGGGGGAGAAUGUAUGCUCGACUGCCCCUCUGGCUUCACACGCAACGAAACUAAUCGUAUGUUAUGCAGUGCCUGCAACGGCCCGUGUGAUAAGCCUUGCACAUCCACUGUCAUCGACUCUGUGGAUGCUGCUCAAUCCCUGAGAGACUGCACCAUCAUCGAAGGCAAUCUGGACAUCAACAUUCGCCGUGGAAAUAACAUAGUGUCUGAGCUGGAGAGCUUCAUGGGAUUGAUCCAGACAGUGACAGGCUAUGUGAAGAUUCGACACUCCCACGCACUUGGCUCGCUGUCCUUCCUCAAGAGCCUGCGUUACAUCAAUGGGCAGGAACUCAUCGACAACACAUAUGCGUUCUCCGCCAUCAACAACCAGCAUCUGCAGUAUUUAUGGGACUGGAAUCAGCAAAACCUGACUAUUCUGAAUGGACGUCUCUUCUUUCGUUUGAACCCGAAACUCUGCAUGUCUGAGAUCCACAAGAUGUGGGAUAAGACAGGCAUAACUGUGAAGCCGGAGGAGGGUGAUUUCCGUAACAAUGGCGAAAGAGCCAGCUGUGAAAGUCAUAUCUUGAAGUUCAAGACCAACGUCACAUCAAGCCACACAAUCAAGAUGACAUGGGAGCGUUACCAGCCACCGGGCUACACAGACCUUAUCAGCUUCGUAGUCUACUACAAGGAGUCUCCUUUUCAGAACAUCACAGAGUUUGACGGCCAGGAUGGCUGUGGCUCAAACAGCUGGCACAUGGUGGAUGUAGAUCUCCCUCAGGAUGAAAACACUGACCCAAAAGUCAGCGUUCAACACCUCAAGCCCUGGACCCAAUAUGCUAUUUUUGUCAAGGCCAUUACCCUGCAGGUGGAGGACAAACACAUUACUGGAGCAAAGAGUGAUAUAAUCUACAUUCGCACACGCCCAUCGCCGCCGUCUAUGCCCCAAGACACCCGUGCAUUUGCCAACUCCUCAACAAAGCUGGUGGUGAAGUGGUCUCCUCCAGCCUUUCCUAAUGGCAAUCUGACCUACUACCUGGUCCGCUGGCAGCAGCAGCCUGAGGACAGAGAGCUCUACCAACAUAACUACUGCUCCAAAGAGCUGAAGAUCCCGACCCGUAUCUCAGCCACAGGGCUCACAGACAUGGAAGACAACACCAAGCCCACCAAGUCAGACCUGUCGGGGUCAGAGAAGGCCCAAUGCUGUGCAUGCCAGAAGACGCCUGAGGAGAAAAACCAGGAGAUAGCUGAUCGCCUCUUUUUAAAAAAGUUUGAGAACUUCCUCCACAAUGCCAUUUUUCUGCCAAGACCUCCUGAUCGUCGACGCAGAGAUAUUUUUGGCAUGGCUAACAACACACUGUUUUAUGAGGGUGCUGGUAAGGGGAACACCACCUUUAGCUCUGGGGAUAACAGCACAGAUGGCAUUCCUCCUAUCAAGGAGUACCCUUUCUCAGAGGACAAGAGCACAGCAGAAUUUUUAGAGAUCCCCAACCUGCGGCCCUUCACUGUCUACCGUAUUGACCUCCAUGCCUGCAAUGAGGAGGUUGGGCGCUGCAGUGCUGGAUCCUUUGUCUAUUCCAGGACCAAACCUGCAGCCAGAGCAGAUGACAUCCCUGGGAAGGUGAUCUAUGAGAGGAGUGACAAGGUUGAGGGUUGCAUAGUGCUGCACUGGCCAGAGCCCAUCAUGCCCAACGGACUCAUCCUGAUGUAUGACAUUGAGUUCCGAUUGGGAACUGAGCCUGAGAAACAAGAGUGUGUGUCACGACAGCACUACCGUGAGCACAAAGGAGCUCGGCUCACCAACCUGGGCUCAGGGAAUUACUCCGCUCGUGUGCGUGCCAUUUCUCUAGCAGGGAACGGCUCCUGGACGGACAGUGUGUCCUUCUAUGUGCCUCCACCCAAACGAGAUGAUGGUGUUACGUUCUACCUGGUCAUCAUAAUUCCCAUCAUAGUGACACUUUUCAUUGCCAGCUUAACCACGAUCGUCUUUUUUGUGAACAAAAAGAGGAAUAGCGACAGAUUAGGGAAUGGAGUCCUUUACGCGUCUGUCAACCCAGAGUACUUCAGUGCUGCUGAAAUGUAUGUCCCGGAUGAAUGGGAGGUCGCCAGGGAGAAGAUCACCAUGCACAGGGAGCUGGGCCAGGGCUCCUUCGGCAUGGUGUAUGAAGGCAUAGCCAAGGGAGUGGUCAAGGAUGAACCUGAGACGCGAGUGGCCAUCAAGACAGUCAAUGAGUCCGCCAGCAUGAGGGAGCGCAUUGAGUUUUUGAACGAAGCCUCUGUCAUGAAGGAGUUCAACUGUCACCAUGUGGUGCGGCUGCUGGGCGUGGUCUCUCAGGGACAGCCAACCUUGGUGAUUAUGGAGCUGAUGACCCGUGGAGAUCUCAAGAGCCACCUGCGUUCUCUGCGCAAAGAAAACUCCACCAGCCAGGUCCUGCCCCCACUCAAAAAAGUGAUCCAGUGGCAGGGGAAUCGCUGAUGGCAUGUCUACCUAAAUGCCAACAAAUUUGUCCACAGUCUGGCUGCCAGGAACUGCAUGGUAGCUGAGGACUUCACUUUGAAGAUUGGAGAUUUUGGCAUGACCAGAGAUAUUUAUGAGACUGAUUACUACCAAGGAGGGAAGGGCUUGUUGCCUGUUCGCUGGAUGUCUCCAGAGUCUAAAGAUGGCGUGUUCACUACAAUGUCUGAUGUCUGGUCAUUUGGUGUUGUGCUGUGGGAGAUUGCAACCUUAGCAGAACAGCCUUACCAGGGCAUGUCCAAUGAACAAGUGCUGCGCUUUGUCAUGGAGGGAGGACUCUUGGACAAACCUGACAACUCCUGACCAUGCUGUAAGUUUGAGCUGAUGAGGAUGUGCUGGCAGUAUAACCCCAAGAUGCGUCCGUCCUUCCUAGAGAUCAUCAGCAGCAUCAAAGACGAACUGGAUCCCCCCUUCAGGGAAAUGAGCUUUUUCUACAGUGAGGAGAACAAACCGCCGGACACCGAGGAGCUGGACAUGGAGGUAGAAAACAUGGAGAACAUUCCACUGGACCCUGCAUCCACCAGGCAGCCCUCUGCUGCUGCCGCCGCCCCUUUGACAGGGUGUACAGGAGGCACACCGCCUCCUUCUACUCAGCAGUUAUCCCCCAUGCAAGGCCCAAGUACUCCAUUACUAGGACCUGUGUCUCCUUCCUCCCCGGGCCCGGUUGCCUCAGCCUUGGCGUCUCCAGGCCAAGCCUUGGACAAGCACUCAGGACAUGUUUCGGCCAACGGGCCUGUGGUGGUGCUACGGCCCAACUUUGACGAGAUGCAACCCUAUGCACACAUGAAUGGGGGCAGAAAGAACGAACGGGCGCUACCACUGCCCCAGUCAUCGGCCUGCUGAUAUCAGACCACCCCCUCCUCCUCCUCCUCUUACACAGGGUAACACAAACCUCUCCGCCAUCUCUUAAGGAGAGAUGGACGAGGUAAGAAAUGACUUUCGUCUACUGAGUGCCAGUAGAUGGUCUCCCCACUCCUUUAAGGUCAAACAUAAACUCUAAAAACUGAGAAAUAGCACAGAAACCUGCUAAAGCAUUUGGAGUUUAGUGGCUGAGACUCGACACUGGGGAACUCCUUCCUGUGCAGCCUGUAUUUCAGUCUUUGUUGCAUAAGUCCUUCAAGAAGGAAAACAAUACAGGCAUGUGUCCUGACUUACAGAUUUAGACAUGAACUUAAAAGAAAAUAAUUUUUUAGCAUAUCUGCCAGCAAUCCAACAGAAGAGCACUUUUUUCCUGAUGAUUUCGGAGAGGAUGUUGUGGAUAUCUGAGUGUGUAUUUAUACAAACACGUGGUUCUCUCUAUAAUAUGAUAUGGCUCCAUUUCUAAAUGACUUUCCAUCAAAAUGACUGUUUGCUUGAGCAGACCGGCUCAUGUCAUGUGAGGAUGCCUCAUUUAGAAAGUUUGGACUAAGAUCAUUGUUUCAUUUUCCUGUUUAUAUAUCUAUGGGUAUAAAUCCCAACAGAGGCGGGUCAAAAUGGAAGAGGAGGGCCUAAUGUGUAUCUGCCAAACGAUCGCCAAAUCAAGAUUUAUUUCAAUUUCAUACAGGUCUCCCUUCUUGUUUAAGGCUGUGAUUCAGAGUUGAGAUACGUCUGUCUGGGAAAUAAUGCCAAAAUUGGUUUGGUGGUUCUCAGACUUUAUGCUUAUCUUUAGUGCUGACUGCUCCUGGAGCAGCUCUCUGUCUGUGUGUGUGUGAGAUGGGCUCACACCUGCAGUCAAAGUUUUCCCAGAUUAUGCAGCGUCUGCACUGGGGGGGGGAUAAAUCUAUCUACAAGCCUUGUUAUACUUAAACUUUCUAAGAAGUGAUUUGCAUAUAAAGAGGCCAGUAUAUGAACUUCUUUUAAAUCAACUCACACAUAUCAUUAUGAUAUUCAGAUGAUUAUUUGUACAGACAGCUGUAUACUUAAAUAAUUGAUAAUACAAAUUGACAGUUAUUAAGCAGUAUGUAGUCAAGUAAACACUCUGCUAAUACAUUUAAAUGACAAGUUUACCAAGUUAAAAUCCAUUUGUGGCUUGUUGGUACACCCAAAAGAUAACUGGUGCCAUGCAACAAGAAAAUAAUUAUGUUCAAAUGUCAUUAUAUUUUAAUGAAUUUGAAACAAUUAGCCAAUUGAUAGAAAAUCUGCCACUCAUUUAGUCAUUUUUUAAACAAAAACGCCCAAAUUAUAUUGGUAUGGGCUACUUACAUGUGAGGAUUUACUACUUUUUGGUGGUUUUGGCAAGAAAUUUGAAGACAUCAUCUUGGGCAUUUGUCUCUAUUUUCUAACAUUUCAUAUAAUAAAUCAUAAAUUAAUAGAGAAAAUAACUGCCAGGUUGGUUUACAAUGUAAAGAAUCUUCCUGUGUUUUCAUAUAAUGGCCUUUGAGAAGCCAGCAUGCUGAUGGGUUUACCAAAACUUUCACCAAAGUCCAUUCAGAUCUAAGCGUAACUAAAGCUCUCUGAGGGAAGCACACAUGUGACUUGAGUCAGCCAACUCUGAAUCACGGCCUCAGUCUGUCUUUGUUUUAUAGUUUAAAAAAAAAAGAAUCUAAACAUAAGCAUUGUAAGUCUCACACUGCAAAUCACUGAACUACAAAAUCAAGGGAUAUGACUCUGCCUCCACUUUCAUUUAUUCAAACCUUAUCUGACAUUUUGUAAGUGUGCAUUUCAUGUGGGAGGUAAACGUUGUUUGCCGAUACUGCUGUUCAAAUAAAAUGGCACCAAACAAACAAACAAACAAACAAGUCGAAGACCUGAGACAGAAAACAAGAAGGUGUUGGAUCGGAUUUUAGUAGCCUAGAGACAACUUUUAAAUCACAGCAGGUCUCUUUUGGAAUAGUUAUUAGUUUCUCUACAUUUCAAACACAUAUAAAGGUCUUACAGUUGUAUUUUAGACUGCAGGAUCGUUUUUAUACACAUCAUUGGUUUUUGUCACUUUUUUAAAAAAAACCUUUUUACGGUUCAAAAUGUUUGCCUCUAUGUCUGUACAGAACAAAAGCUGCUAUUUUAUUCUUUUUCUCUUUUGGAUGUUAUAUAUAAAGAAAUCCUUCAGGUUUGGUAUUUUAUGGUCUCCACUACAGUCCGUUUCUUAUAUCUUUAAACUCUGUUUAAAAAAGAAAAAAGAAAAAAAAAGAAUACAACAAAAAAUAAGACGAUUUAGAUAAAAACAUUUUUUCUGUUACCCCAAAAGGUUUUCUGUAACACUAUAUUUUGCUCAUUGCCUUUUAUUUUUAUGAAAUCUUUCCUCCUGUAUUUGUUUUGUGGAUGCUAUUUUAUAUUAUUAAUAUUAUUAUUCUUAUUACUAUUCUAUUAUUUAUUUGGAAUGGACACCUUAGCUCGAUGUGUGAGUGUGUACUUUCUGCACCCUUUUUGUACUUGUUGUCUAGCACUGCGCCUAGCAUUGCCCUCUAGGUGCGACUCAAUCUCAGGUCAAAGUAAAGGCUUUGCUUUCUCCAUACAUUCUCAUGAUCGUCCUCUAACUCUCUCAGCUUGUUUCUCCCUUCCUCCUCCCCAUCAUGUCUUGUUAAGUCCAGUAGUGCUCUCUCUUCUUCCUACUGGCCCUUGUCUGACCUCUAUAACAUACUGUACCUGCCCCCUCCCCCAGUGCCUCCUUUUGAAGUCAGGAUCAGUUACAGUACACAAGAUAUAUACUUUAUACCAGAUCUGGUAUUUUAACCCAUCCAUUUCCUGCCUCUUCUUGACUCAAUAGGGCUAAUUAGGUUGUCUUGUUUGCCUUAAUUACGCCAACCAUCUCUCGACCAAUCUGAUUAUUUUUUACUUUUUUUUUUAUAUAUAACUUAAAUACACUCUCAAGCGCAAUACAACACCACUUCUGCUAAUGUUACUUCUUCAUUCAACUGAGGACAGAUCUUAUUUUUUUGUCUUCAUAAUCACUUCUUCUGAAAAACCAAAUAAAGGAUGGGUUAAAGUCCAGGGAAGGGAACACAUUUCAAUGUCAUGAAUGGAAAAGGUCUUAAAAUGGAGACUGAACAGUGAAAGUGUUUUGAAGGAUUUCUCCUCAUCUUUUGGAAAUGUUGCCUGGUGAUUUUAUUUUUUCCUUUCUUUUGAAGUUUUUUUUUUUCUGUAGGAGUGUUAUUUAUUAUUAUUUUUUUUAAUUUUCCUUUUGUGAUAUCAGUUUAAAUCACUGUAUAAAUGCCCCAUGAUUCAGUAUAAAGUUGGAUUUUUUUGUAUGUAUUUUCUUUGGUGUCAUGACUGGGGGACUUAAAAACUUCUUUUUUUCCUUCAAGUAUAUAUCUACCUCACUCUUUUUAAAAUAUAUGUAUGCGUAUGGAAAACAAGUA